AGAAGAUCAAGCAGAGAAAGGGAAAACGCAGAUUAAACUCCUUGUCCUGGAUUUGAAUUGAACACCUGCACAAAGGGCAUAUUGAAAUGCAUGCUGCUCUGGUUUUCCUCAGCCUUGUGAGCACAUGCCUCACAAUUCCAGUGUACCGUCAGCAUUUUGGAUUGUCAACCAGUAACAGCAAUGAGUUCUUUCGAUUAUCCGGGCUUGGAUACAGUGGUGUUGGAUAUGGUCAGCCACAGGCUCUGCCUUUCAUCCCGCCAUACAUGUUCCAGCAGCAGCAGCCUCCAGAUGUGGUCGCUCUUCCACCCCAGCUGUCCCUUAACCCCCAGGUAACGGGAGCCGGCCAGGGACCCCUGACUCCUCAGGGACCUCUGCCCCCUCAGUUGCUCCUGCCACCUCAAGUGUUGGUGCCCUCCCAGGGACACCUACCCCCCCAGAUGCUCUUCCCCCCCACCCAGCAGGAGCAGCUCCCCGCGAGCCCACAGCAGCCCCUGAACCCACAGGACCCGGCUGCGCCUCAACAGCCGCAGACUCCUAACCAGGUGCUGCCCCAGUACUAUCCCUCUAUCACCUUCCCUCAGCAGCCUGGAGGACAGGGCUUGCCUUACUACAUUGCGUAUAGAUACCCUCACCAACAGCCACCCACAAUCCUCCAGCCGACACAGAGCCCAGUUCAACAGCAGCUGGAGCAGCCGACACAGGUGCCUCAGCUGCUAUUUCAGAAAGCAUCCCAGCAGCCACAGGGACAGGUGGAACUGGAAAAAUUUGGCCAGGUUACACCUGAAACUGGAGCAGAGAUAUGGCCAACUACAUCUGCUCCUGAGCAGAUUACGGAAGCUACUACUACUGGGACUGAGGAGACUCGUCCCAGCUUUUCAUUUCUUUUUGAACCUUAAGCUCCCCAAAUCAAGAAGCUGACAUCCUAAAUGGGACAAGUGCAUCCUGUGAGUUGAAGAAACAACUGGCAGCUCUUCACUUAUUAAAUUCUUUAAUUAAAUAAUAGUUGAAUCCGUCCAAAACAGAUUUACGUAUUAAUGAAACUGCUUAACAAAAAUAGUUUAGCUAUAAUAAACAUUAUAAAAAUGCCAUAUGAAUCUCUUUAGAGUGUUCUUAUCAAUAUCAAUACUAAUCUGUGCCAAUGUGUCUAGAGAAAAGACUUUAAUUGUUCUCAACACAUGUAAACAUUUCCAAAUUGAAUAAAACGUUUUAA